UGAGCUGGCGAUAUUUAAACGCUGGUGCCACUGCCCAGAGAUGAGUUUGCCUCUCUUUGGUCCUUUCAGGAAGCUGCGGCGUGCCGAAAGAGGUCGAGAAUGCAGAGAUCCAGGUGGGCACUAACAACGUGCUCAACGCCAUGCUGCGGUAUACGUGCAAAGAGGGUUACAAAAGGAAAGCGGGGACAUCCACCCUCAUCAAGUGUGAGCAGAAAGACAACAAACUCCACUGGACAGAGAGCAAUCUGAAGUGCAUCCGGGACCCUACUUUACCGCCUUCAACACCCAGCCCUAAACCAGCAACAUCAGCCCCUAUCCCAGAGGAGACCAGUCCUACCAGCCAAGUCACUCCAGAGGUCACUGCAGACCCACGCCUGGCUUCAACAUUGUCCUGUGGAAGGGAGACCACCUCACCGCUGGCAGGUCCCACGUCGCAACCCACCACUGACACGUCUUCUCUGGAAACACCUGUGACCACAGCCACGGCGAUCGGGUCGACCCACGUGUCCACGAACCCAACCACAGAAGGCAUAACACAGCCAUCUACAACAGCCAGCCAAGACACGCACACCUCCUGGGGGGGGACUAACAAACCGUCCCCAGAUACAUUUACAACAGAUGGAGACAAGUCAACAGCAGCAUCCGUCAGCCUGACCACUGAAGACCAAACGCAGCUACCCACAGCAGCCGCUCCCAACACUGAAGGUUUCACCCAGGUCAUGAUUCCUUCUAUGGGUAAGCAUUAGUCUGCUGUAUGGGGGGUUGUCACUUAUAUGUGGGAAGGAAGAGGGUUGUCCGGGGGUUUUGUGUUGAUGUUUGAGUGCCUGAAGUCAAAUUUAUCUGGAGCUGGGGUUGCAUCUCAAGCCUCCAACGAAGCAGUACAAGGUCCGUUUGGUAUUUGCAUGGGAGACCUCCCAGGUAAGACGAUCCAAUGGACUGGAGAAAGCAGGACUGGCAAUUUGAUAAACCCUUCUCUCCUCCGGUUCACAAGUGAACCUGGGUCCAACCAGGGCAGGAAGGGCACAGUGCAGUCCUCGUUCAAAUGGGAUGGGGUGUUUCUGGCAUCUUUCUAUCUAGAGAUGUGGCCAGGCAGCUGGACUGUUACGUGUUGGGAUCACAUCCGUUUGUUGAUCUUACUUUUCUAAAUCUGAGAAAUGUUUGUUCUUUGCAGUGUUUCUACUGGUGUUGCUGAUUGUAGCUGCUGGGUUAUA